AUUCACUAUAUCUGGUCACCUACAGUACAAAGAACAUGAACAUGCAAUUAUUUUAGUAAAUAUAAACUGUUAAAUACCUUUUUUCCAACCCUAAGGAUGCCCCUGCAGCUGAGCACUGGUUAAAUCUUGUAGGAGGAGUUUUCAUUCUGCUCUAGUAGGAUGCAGAACCCCUGACCUCUGUGUGGACAGUGCUGUCACAUGCACUAUCCCAAAAAAAAAAAACCUCUCUAACAAUACACACCAAACUGAGCAUGUGCAGAGUGACUCCACACAAUGUCUUAUCAGGUGAUAAGAGGGGGCACUGUAAGAAGGGGAGGAUCAGAGAAGACAGGAUCAAACAGCGUGUUUACACAAUGCAGGCGAUUAACCCCUUAGGUUCCACAGUGAGUAUAACAAGCAUACUUUACUGCAUAUACAGACGGAUUAUACUGUUGUGGGUUUAG